AUGGAGUCCGAUGACGAUAUGCACGACGCCAACGACCUCGAGUCCGUAGACGAGGACUUCUAUAGCGAUGGCGAAGGCUACGGAUACGGGGAUGGCGUCGGCGACAGCGAUGCCGAUUUAGCUGACUACGACUUUAUGGGCAACGAGUCUGAUGACUCUGAUGAGCUCACUAUCAGUCGUUCACAGAAAAAUUACACUGUAUUGAAAGAAGAAGACAUACGCCAAAGACAAGAGGAUGAUAUAAAUAGAAUUUCUGCUGUCCUUUCCAUACCAAGGGAAGCAGCAUGCAUACUUUUACGCCGCUAUAAUUGGAGUGUGAACAAGGUGCACGAGGAAUGGUUUGCUGAUGAGGAAAGGGUCAGGAAAACUGUUGGCUUGUUGGAUAAGUCUUUUCUUCAACCAUCCAAUGUUAAGGAAGUGGUGUGUGGCAUAUGCUUUGAUAACUAUCCUUCUCAUGUGAUGGUUUCUGCUGCAUGCGGUCAUCCCUUUUGUACUACUUGCUGGAGAGCUUAUAUUAGCACAUCCAUCAAUGAUGGCCCUGGGUGCUUAGUGCUAAGAUGUCCUGACCCAUCAUGUGGUGCUGCUAUUGGUCAAGAUAUGAUUGAUAAGUUGGCAUCUGACGAAGAUAAGAAGAAGUAUUACCGUUACCUACUCAGGUCUUAUAUAGAAGAUAACAGAAAGACAAAGUGGUGUCCUGCCCCUGGUUGUGAUGGAGCAAUUGAAUAUGUUCUUGGAAGUGGGAGCUAUGAUGUCACAUGCAGUUGUGCUUACAGUUUUUGUUGGAACUGUACGGAGGAAGCCCACCGGCCCGUAGACUGCGAGACUGUUGCCAAAUGGAUUUUGAAAAAUAGUGCUGAGUCUGAAAACAUGAAUUGGAUUUUGGCCAAUUCGAAACCCUGUCCAAAGUGCAAGCGACCAAUUGAAAAAAACCAAGGCUGUAUGCACAUGACAUGUACACCACCUUGUAAAUUUGAGUUUUGCUGGCUAUGUCUUGGUGCAUGGUCAGAUCAUGGAGAAAGGACAGGUGGAUUUUAUGCAUGCAACCGUUAUGAAGCAGCAAAGCAGGAGGGACUGUAUGAUGAAGCUGAGAGGAGGAGAGAGAUGGCCAAAAAUUCUUUGGAAAGAUACACUCAUUAUUAUGAGCGAUGGGCUACAAACCAAUCGUCAAGGCAAAAAGCGCAGUCAGAUUUACUUCAAAUGCAAGCUGUACAUCUUGAGAAGCUUAGUGAAACACAAUGCCAACCUGAGUCACAAUUGAAAUUUAUUAUUGAAGCCUGGCAACAGAUAGUUGAAUGCAGGAGAGUGCUAAAGUGGACAUAUGCAUAUGGAUUCUAUCUUCCUGAGACUGAGCAAGCAAAAAGGCAGUUCUUCGAGUACUUGCAAGGUGAGGCUGAGGCUGGUCUAGAGAGGCUUCAUCAGUGUGCUGAAAAGGAACUCCAGAGUUAUCUUAGUGCAGAAGGUCCUUCCAAGGAUUUUAAUGAUUUCCGUACAAAGCUUGCUGGUCUGACAAGUGUGACUCGCAAUUACUUUGAGAACUUGGUAAGGGCAUUGGAAAAUGGUCUAUCAGAUGUGGACUCACAAGGAGCAAGUAGUAAGACAACGAGCUCAAAAAAUGUAGCUGGGAGCAGCAAGGGGAAAGGAGGAGGUCGAGGAAAAGGUUCCUCGCGGGUAGGAGGUUCAAGCAAAACUACAGAUGAUUCAGGUGGUUGGGCCUGUGAUCAGUGCACCUAUAUAAACUCCAAGUCUGCACUUGCCUGUCAAAUGUGCCACCAUCGACGAUGAUAAUGGUGUGCACUGGUGUUUUGUGAUAAUCUCAUCGAUAAAUAGAGGAUGAAGCUGUUGAUGGAAAGCAAAUGCAGAAAUGAACCAUAAAUUGAAGUAGGUGCAUGAACAACAUGGAUUAUAUUGAAGGGGCAUCUUGUUUGUGGUUUUACUGUAAAUAGUUUGUGGGAGUUAAUGAAAGUCAUCGGGUUGGCCUGAGGGAUAAAUGCAAAUUUACUCGUUUGUCUUAUGUUAAGUUUUAGGUAUUCGGGUCCUUGAUAUGUAUAAUGAUGUAUGGACUCUGGAUUUUCUCUCGCUCUCCCUUUCUCUAAACCAUUGUUUCUGGAACUGCGCAGCCUGGUGGAAAGUUCCCAUCUCUGUAGCUAUAAAUACAAAGACCUUAAAAGGGGGACAUACUGUUUUGUGUUUGCCAAGUACUUGUGGAUAAGUUGCUUGAUCUAUUUA